AUGGCAAACUCGUUCCAUACUCGUUUCAUUGUCAGUAAAUAUGCAGUUUUAUCAAAUGACAUGACAAGCCAGUAUGGGAUGGGUAUAGAUUAUCCUAUAAGACAGCAAGAGACAGUGGGCUCAAUGUGGAUGGAUGAAAGCGGUGAUGUUGUAGAUUAUAAAAAUAGCUGCUUGACUAAUCAAAUUUUGUUCCUCAAUUUUUUUCCAGUUUCUUUGGAAGAUUUUAGCUGCUCUAUGAAUGUACCAGCUAAUGGGACCAGUAAGAUAAUGCUUCUUUUCUGGUAUCGUGAGAUUCAGGUGGCAGCCAAACUACGAACAGUGCUUUUUGCCGAAAACCAUUACUUUCUACGUAGGCCAAUGCUACCAAUACAAAGUAUAAGGAUAAUAUCUAGACUGGUCUCGACAGUAACCAGCUGUUUUGGUCUACUUAAGCUUCUUGAAAAGAUAUGUGUAAUGCAGCUUUUCGUGUAA